AUGGCUAUUCGCGCUGCUCACCUUUUGCACCUGCCUCUCGGUCAGCUGCUGUUACCUCGGAACAUGGAUUUCCCCGCGGAAGUCCAAAAGAGAGAGGAUGAUGGCGGGGACAACAGAAAGAAGGGAGUGCUCUACACAAACCAUCUUGUGCACGCCUCCAAGUACAAUUGGGAAGGACCCACAUCAGCGUCCCAACAACAGGGGGACCUCACCGCCUUCGUCAAGAGGACAAGAAACGGUGUACUCCACGUACAAGAUGAAGGGCAAGGAGGCAAUCUUACAAGAUAUGGUGGUAAGAGCGCUUCCUGUGGUCUGCAACUUAGAUCAGAGGCGCAGAGCCGCAAGUUUGAGAGAGAUCAGCUGAACAUUGUGGGUUCAUGCAGAGGAACAGGAAUAAGAACCUUCAUGCACAAGGUGAAGAAGGUCCAUCUCAAAACCUGCAAGAAAACGACGGUCAGCAAAACAGGCCGAAGUUUGGACACCAGUGGGAAAUUGGAGGAGAUGAAGAACACAGGAGGAUGCAUGAGGGCGGCUUUCCAGGUUGCUUCAUCUGCAGCGAGCUUGUGGAAAGCGACAAACGAGCUGAAGGGCAACUUUUGGGCGGCCUCUUCAAGAUCGUCCAGAGAAAUAAAGCGGAAUGAAGUCCUGAAGUUGGCAACAAUGGUGGCAGGAGAAACAAGGGAACCCUUGCCAUUGUCGCAGGAGAUAGUGGAGGGCGUUGCAGCCUGCUUGAGAUGCUCGGGCAUGAAAUCAGGUGACCAAUAUCUCAAUGAACUCAAACUCUUGCACAUAGAAGAAGGGUACGACAUGCCCCCAUGGCUGACCAGAGCCUUCAACUUAUGCAAAAAGGCGCUGGGAAGAAACAAGGGACCAACGAAGAAGGCAGUAGAGGCCAAGGUAGAAGACAUCGGAGAGGACUUUUGGGGCCAAAGUGGAGCCAACUUUGUGGGAGGCAUCAAUCCGGCUGUCUGUUACGCAUGGGCGUGUGUGUGGAUGCUGAGGGAGAUAGAGGCGAGUGCUUGCAAGUGGGAACAUGUACAAGCUGAAGAACAAGCAAGACACGUCACACUGUCUAUACCAGUGUCAAAAAUGGAUCAAUCAGCGAUGGGAGUUCGAAGAACCUUGCAGUGUUGCGGCGAGGAGGUUUGCUCGAGAUUUUGUGCCUGGAACUUGUGGACGAGGAUGAAGAACGAAAGCCCAAACAAGUUCAAGAAGAAGGGCUUCAUGUUUGUCAAUGAGAAGGUGGCGAAACUGAGCAAAACCAAGAUGAUUGAAGUGUGGAAUUCAGCCACAAGUUGCAGGGUAUCAGGACACUCCGCACGCAGAAGUGGAGCAAUGGAACACGUGAGGCGGGGCUUACAAAUCCAGGAGCUGGCGUUCUUGGGGAGAUGGCGGUCGGCAGUGGUGCUUACAUAUGCAAAUGAUGCACUACAGGAAGUACCAGCCAACAAAGUUUUCAUGGGAGACAAAACCGUGAUGAGCUGGGAGCAAAGAAAAGCACCGUGGACCCCGUUGCCAAGUGCUCAGACUCCAAUGAUGCGCGCCCCGAUGACGCCAGCAGCAGAACUGUCACAUGCACCUCCUGAAGUAGAAGUCAUGCAAGGGUUGGAAGAGAAAGGAAUGAGGAAACAAAACCUUUGGGUGGCGUCCAACGAAGUCAGGAAGGGCAAGAAGACGUGGCACAGAGUAACCAGAGCAGGGUGGCAAGUUCCCAUGGCAGAAUGGGGAACAGCUUGUGGAUGGAAUUUCACACGAAAUCCCGAUAGGGUGUCGAUGGCAGUGAAUCUGAUGUUCAAUCAGAACAGAUGCAGAAAAUGCUCGGACGUCAUGAAGAUCCGCGACAAGGUCAAAGAAGGGCACAAUUUGGCUGACUUCAUGCAGGUGCUGGCGUGCCUUGCUCUUGGCGUUUGGUAUUAUGCUGCAGUGAUGUUUACGACACCCUUUGCCCGGCGCUUGGAUGAAUAUCUCAAGAGUGCGGAGAUGGACAAGACGAUGGAGAAGCCUCCGAAGGAGAGCAAAUCUAGCAAGAAGGUGCCGCAGUGGUUGUCCGAACUCGACGAUCUAGGCUUUGUGGACUCGGGAACCUACAGGCAGUUCAUAGACACGGCCAUGGAAAUGGGCAAGCUGGACGAGGCGAAAACCUGGGCCGAAAAGGCGCGUGUGGAAGGCAAACCGCUGAGCGCGGAGGAUCUGCAAAGCCUCAUCAGCGAGGCCCUGACGAAAGACGAUGCUGCAGCCGCCCAGCUAUGGCUGGAGCAGACGCUAUUGAAGCAGGAUUUAUCGACCCGUGAAAAGCAGACGAUUUGUUUUCUAGCUGUUUUCCUGAUUGCGCGGAAGAUGGGCUUUCAAGUCUUGCACGAUAUCCUUGAGACACACGGGGAACAGCCGAACCACUGGAUUCGCAACAAGUCUCGCUGGUUGCUGGAGAUUCUCCGGGCCACACGCUCGGGCGGCCUGGAACGCCUAGGAGAGCGCUUGGACGACGCCUUGCAGGUGGGUGUUGAGGCUGACCACAGCGUCUUCCGUUACCUCCUCUACGAGGCUCUGAAGGUGCCUGACCUGGCCUACGUGACCAAAUGGUUCGAUAAGGCCGUCCUCCAUGGUGUGGUGCCUGAGACGCCUAUUGUAAACCACAUCAUUGGAGAGGUGGCGAAGAUUGAAGGCUUUGCAGCAGCGGAGGAAUGGUUCGAAAAAGCCACCAGCGCUGGAGUGAAACCCAAUGUCUACACUUACAAGUACCUGAUUCAGGCCGCGAGCGUUGAGGAGAGAGACCCCGAGAAAUGGUUCAGACGCUUGCUUGCUGCUGGUAUCGCUCCAGAUGUGGUGACCUUCAACACUCUCAUCAACGCGGCAGCCAAGAAGGGAAAGUUGUCGAAUGCCGUUGAUUGGUUUCACAUGGCGCUAUCGAUGUCGGUUCGUCCGGAUAUGUUGACUUACAACAUGGUCUUGGCAGCUGCUGCGCAGGCUGGCGAUGCACUCGCUGCGGAGCAGUGGUUCGAUCGGAUGUCCAAGGAUGGCUUUGUGCCAGACAUCGUCUCGUACAAUUCCCUCAUGAAGGCGCUGAUGAAAACCGCUCGCACACGAGAUGUCGAGGAGCUGUUUUGGCAAAUGAAGAUGAACUCGGUGAUGCCUGAUGUGGUGACCCUGAAGACCAUGCGGUGGGCCUUGGGCCGGCAGCGUGUCAAGGAGCUCCUGAGUGAUGCAGACCUGCUGGCAGAACAAUGGUCUGACGAGCAAAUGGCUGGUGUAGCUCUUAACACUGGUCUCGUUGCCUGA